AACAUCGAUUAUGCAGAACGUGUUGGUGCCGGCGCUCCAGUUUAUUUAGCUGCUGUUAUGGAAUAUUUGGCGGCUGAAGUACUUGAAUUGGCUGGUAAUGCUGCUCGUGAUAACAAAAAGACCAGAAUCAUUCCACGUCAUUUACAAUUGGCCAUCCGCAAUGAUGAGGAAUUGAAUAAACUGCUGUCUGGUGUGACCAUUGCUCAAGGUGGUGUUUUGCCUAACAUUCAAGCUGUACUUUUGCCCAAGAAAACCGAAAAGAAAGCUUAAAGUGUACAUUGCAGUCAAUUUAAACAUUUCAUCCACGCAACAAAACCGUCCUUUUCAGGACGACAAAA